ACGGUGCAAGAUGGCGACGCGCGAGCGGCGAGGCGGGCUGGCGGCUGCUGUGGUGGCCGGGGUGCUGCUGGCCCUCGGGCGGGCGGCGGUGGCGGCGGAGGGCUCGGCGGGGCCGCACCGCCGCUUCGAGUACAAGUACAGCUUCAAAGGGCCGCACCUGGUGCAGGCGGACGGCACGGUGCCGUUCUGGGCGCACACGGGCAAUGCCAUACCCAGCGCGGAUCAGAUUCGUAUAACAACGUCUUUGAAAAGCCAGAAGGGAUCAGUGUGGACCAAAAACAAGUCAAUAUUUGAGUACUGGGAAGUCGAAGUGACCUUUCGAGUUACAGGCAGAGGCCGCAUUGGAGCAGAUGGGCUGGCAAUCUGGUUUACAGAGGAGCAAGGCAUGGAAGGUCCUGUGUUUGGGGCAGCUGACAGGUGGAACGGUGUUGGAAUUUUCUUUGAUUCCUUUGACAAUGAUGGAAAGAAAAACAAUCCUGGUGUGGUUGUUGUGGGCAAUGACGGAAAGCUUCAGUAUGACCAUCAGAAUGAUGGUUCCACACAAGCAUUGGCCUCCUGUCAGAGGGACUUUCGUAAUAAGCCCUAUCCGGUUCGAGCAAAAAUCACAUACUACCAAAAAACACUGACUGUAUUAAUUAACAAUGGAUUUACCCCAGAUAAGGAAGACUAUGAAUUCUGUGCUAAAGUGGAAGACAUGGUGUUGCCAUCACAAGGAUAUUUUGGAAUAUCUGCAGCAACAGGAGGACUUGCAGACGACCAUGAUGUCCUAUCUUUCCUGACCUUCCAGUUGACUGAGCCUGGGAAGGAAGUACCCACACUAGAUGCAGAAAUUCCUGAAAAAGAUAAAGAGAAGUAUCAAGAAGAAUUUGAACACUUUCAACAAGAAUUGGAUAAAAAGAAAGAAGAAUUUCAAAAGGAACAUCCUGACGUGCAAGGACAACCAGCUGAUGAUCCGUUUGAAACUGUAAGCGAUCGUGAGCUGAGGCAAAUCUUCGAAGGGCAGAACCGAAUUCAUCUUGAAAUCAAGCAGCUUAAUAGGCAGUUGGACAUGAUUCUUGAUGAGCAGAGGAGAUAUGUCUCUGUAGUCACAGAGGAGAUUGCUAAAAGAGGAUCAGCUGUUUCAGGUCAGCAAGGACAGGUUUCCCAGCAAGAGAUUGAUACAGUUGUGAAAACUCAAGAAGAGGUCAUUAAACAAGUAAAUGAAAUGAAAAAUGCCAUGGCUGACACUCUGAGGUUGAUCAGUGGAGCUCAGCAUCCUGGCUCUGCCGCGGGAGUCUACGAAACAACACAGCAUUUCAAUGACAUCAAAGAACACCUUCACGUAGUGAAGAGGGACAUUGAGCAGCUAGUGCAACGAAAUAUGCCAUCUAAUGAGAAACCAAAAUGUCCAGACUUGCCACCAUUUCCAUCAUGCUUAUCUACAGUGCACUUCUUCAUCUUUGUAGCAGUGCAAACAGUGUUAUUCAUUGCUUAUAUCAUGUAUAGGAGUCAACAGGAAGCAGCAGCCAAAAAGUUCUUUUGAUGACCUCUUCCUUUUGUGUGUACAUAACAGCAUCUUCACUCCCUGGAACAUCAGUAACUGCCUCGCCACUCACUGGAUCAAAGGAAAACUCCCAGUUUCCCAGCCCAAACCUUGUCCCAUCUGUUCUUGAGGUGAUAGCAACAAAGCAGCAAAUUUGGACUUUAAGAAUGUUUGUCAGUCGGUGUGGCCUCCUCUUGUGGUGGGCUACUAGGAUUUUCUUUCAACACUGAUAGGGCGUUUCAUUUUGUCAAGUGAAAUUUCAGGACUCGCAGAUGAAGGCAACUUGGAAUCCAAUAUGUUUGACAAUGUGGAGGAGACCAAGAAAAUAACAGUAUUUGAAGUAGCAAAUAUUUGGCAGUGUCAAGGGGAUCUCAUUGUCUUAAAGCUUAUUAAAUAAACGGUCAUACCUGAAUCUCUCAAGCAAAUUUCAGUCAUUUGUGAAUUACUUUGUUGAUUGUUUGGAGAAAAUAUCAGUACAUCAAUUACUGUAACACUGAAGAGUUUCUACUGUUUAAAAAACCAAAACACACAGCUGACAUUUCCUGAUGUUUGUUUCUGACUGAUGUAAACGGAGGGUUGGAGUUCAGAGAUAACCUUAUUUGAAUAAAGAUGCAUAUUUUUAAUAAA